CAGCUUGACUGGGAAUGUGCUGAAUGGAGAUCACAUGUUAUACAUUUUUUCUAAGUCCCAGUAUCGCCCUGGGAUCUCUCUGGGGGUGUUUCCUGAUGGCCAGGGCAACAGUCCUGGUUGAUAUCCUCGUAUUUGGAAAUUUCAGACAGGACCAGACUUUGGGCUCCAGGUAUUUCAGGAUCACACUGGGACGUCUGCUUUACAGGAGUGAACAACAGCACGACUCAGGCAGAUGCACGCUGCUCCUUGGAAGUCAUUGGGGACGGCUUCCACUUCGGGGCAUUCUGUACAGGGCGCGCAGGGCACGCAAUAACUGCUCAAAUGGGGUUUGAAAAGGAAAGAAUUCAUCUACGGGGGCUCUUCGGAAUAGAUGCGUGCGGACAUGACUGCCCACGGAAGACCUGUUGAGCCGCCAGAAACCCAGGUAACACGCCUCUAAAGCCACUUCUUCGUGUGAUGCCACCGUUCCUUCCCACGCUCGCCCUGCCCACGGCGGCAAGGAAGCAGCCUGCACGCCUGGGUUCAGGCCUGUGCGCCGGCUUCUGCCUCUGCUCGGGAUCCUGCGCGCUCCGGCCCGCCGGGCAGCCCGACGGGGGAUGCUGGCCCUGCUGCUCUGCGGCGUGUCCCUCGCGCUUCCGUCCUUUGUCCGAGCAGACGCGUGCAAGAAUGUUAGUUUGCAAAACGAGGCACCUUCCGCAGGCCAGCCUUUUGCUUUUAAUUGUACGUACCCUCCGCUGACGUCUGGGAAGGUACAUGUGACGUGGUACAAGCAUCCUAGCAGAAUCCCAAUAUCCAAAAACACACAGUCUAGAAUUCACCAGGAGCAAAACUGGAUUUUGUUUCUCCCCCUGACACAGGAGGACUCUGGGAUCUACCAAUGUGUCAUAAACAGUACAAACACCUGUCACAGAAUACAUGUAAACCUAACUGUGUUACGAAAAUACUGGUGUGAUAUUUCUGGAAAUGGUCAACUGAUUUUAUCAGACGAAUACAAACAAAUACUACAUGCCGGAAGGGACGAUAGUCUUACGUGUCAUCUGAACUUCCCACAGAGUUGUGUUUUGGAUUCAAUAACGUGGUAUAAGGACUGUAAAGAGAUUAAAGAAGGACGGUUUAUUCGCUGGGGAAUAAAGCUUUCGGUGAGCAAUGUUUCAGCAGAGGAUGGAGGGAACUAUGCAUGCCAAGCCCGACUGACACACACAGGGAAACACUACACUGUUUUAAACAGCAUCACUGUGCGUAUCACAGAAACAAAUGGAUAUGCAGGAAGAAUUCCUAAAAUCAUUUAUCCGAAAAACAAUUCAAUUGAAGUACAACUUGGCUCCGCCCUUACUGUGGACUGCAACAUCACAGACACAAGGGAUAACACAAAUCUCCGAUGCUGGAGAGUCAAUAACACCUUAGUGGAUGAUUACUACAAUGAAUCCAAACGGAUCAGAGAAGGAUCUGAAUCCCACAUUCCUUUUCAGAAACAUGUUUUUUACACAGUGAACAUAACCUUCUUGGAAGUGAAAAUGGAAGAUUAUGGCCAUCCUUUCAUCUGUCAUGCUGGAGUGUCAGCAGCAUACUUUAUCUUAAAACUCCCAGCUCCAGAUGUUCGAGCCUACUUGAUAGGAGGGCUUCUCGCCUUGGUAGGUGCAGCGGUGUCUGUCACGUACAUCUACAACAUUUUUAAGAUUGACAUUGUACUCUGGUAUCGGAGUGCCUGCCAUUCUCCUGGGACCAAAGAAGAUGGCAAGCUGUAUGAUGCCUAUGUCUUAUACCCCAAGCCUCAAGGAGAAAUCCAGAGCCAUGAUGUGGACACGCUGGUGUUGAAGAUCCUGCCCGAGGUGCUGGAAAGGCAGUGUGGAUAUAAGUUAUUCAUAUUUGGCAGGGAUGAGUUUCCUGGACAAGCUGUGGCCAAUGUCAUCGAUGAAAAUAUCAAGUUGUGCAGGAGACUGAUCAUCAUCUUAGUUCCCGAAUCCCUGAGCUUUGACUUGUUAAAGAACAUGUCAGAAGAACAAAUUGCAGUCUACAACGCACUCAUCCAGGAUGGGAUGAAAGUCAUUCUGAUUGAACUGGAGAAAGUCAAGGACUACACAGCCAUGCCGGAGUCCAUUCAGUACAUCAAGCAGAAGCACGGGGCCAUCCAGUGGAGUGGGGACAUCACUGAACAGUCACAGUGUGCAAAGACCAAGUUCUGGAAAAAAGUGAGGUAUCACAUGCCACCCAAGAAGCUUCCACCAUCUUCUUCUGCCCAGCUGCUGAAGCACACGUCCUGACACCUCAUGGCUGGCUAGUGGGGGGCCAGUGUGGGGUUGGUUACCCAUGAUGGUGUUGGUGGCAUGGAGUGGCUCACGGUUGGACAAGGAUGCAUUGCAUUUGGGCCGACGACUUGAAGCUUGCCAUUGUGUACUUGUUGCAACAGGGCCUCUGUCUGUUGCUCGUUUUAAUCAGAGCUCCUUUAGGGGAAGAUGUCACUUUUCCAAGAGGCCCUCAUUCACUUAUGGGGUCUGAUGAACCCUCCCUGAACACAAAGUAGAUAUAGCAUGUGAGCCCCUGGGGGAUGGGACAGGGAGGAUUAUAGAGUGGCAGUUGAGAUGUCAAGAAGUUUGGUGCACAGUGUGACACCCAUGGGGCCAGAUAGGGAAGCCAAGGGAUGGCAGGAGGCAAUCUGUGGUCCUAGGGAGGGCUGGCAGGGAGAACAGCACUUUUUUCAUGACCACAAUCUUAGUACACGGAUACUGGAAGUCACUUAGAGGUCACACAAGUGUGGCCCCACUGGGAUUGCCCAUUAACUACCUUCCCAUUGGGCCCCCUUGAAAGACUUUAUCUGUCAAAUCAAAAUAAGUAACAUUUCACUUGUUUUUCCAGCUGGCCUAUGAGUGCCAGGAUUCUGAGCAACAUGUGAGAGACACAGUUAGCACCUGGACAUGAUGCAAUUCUAGGCCAUGUGAAACAAAUUAAUCUUUCAGCAUCCCCUCAUCACAAGUCAAUUUAUGGCAUAGCAAACAAGGCCCAAGGAUUUUUGAUGCUAAAAAUUAGCUGUAAACUCAUUAUGACUUUCAAAGACUCUGACCUGAGGAGCUUAGAUAAGAGUCCAAGUCUCUUGUUCUGUGGUUGAUGAUAUCAAGCCCUAACAAGUGGCCUGCUGUGGUCAAAAUUUUUGUGUCCUGCACAUUCACAUGUUGCGAUCCUAACACCCAAUGUCAUGGUUUUGGGAGCUGGGGCCUUCAGGAGGUGAUCGGGUCAGAAGGGUGGAGAUUUCAUGAAUAGUACUCUCAUGGAAGAUACCCCAAGAAGUCCCUUACCGUUUCUGUUAUUUAUAAGCCACUCAGCCUGUGGUAUCUCAUGAUGGUGGCCCAAACAGACUAAAGCAUGGCCCUGAUGAAGAGUCCAUGGGGGCUGGAUGGGGGUCGACCAAUGGGCAAGACAGGAGACGGGGGAGGGGGAAGAGGAGCAGGAGGAAUGAGUUGGGAGAACAGAGACCCCAGCAUGCAGGAAAGAGUAGUGUGUGGAGCAAGGUGGGAGGAAGGGAACAGAAACAGUUAGCUCUGCGUCCUCCUUUAUAGGCCUCUGAUGUGUUCCUCAUUCUGUUCCCCUUCACCCCUCAGAUUUCUCUUCUCUGCUUAGUACCUGGAGAUUGCUGUUGAUGUUGGAGAAGGCUCUGUGGCACUUUGCUCUUCACUUUGUCUUAUGUGGAAACCAUCCCCUACAGCCUCCACCUUCUUUCCAAGCCCUUUCUCUCCAGAGGAUGAAGAGAGGCAGAGCAGCCCCAUGAUUCAGGAGACAGGGUGAGACCAUAGAAUGUGUCCUCUGUCAGGCCCUCCCAGCAUGCCUAUGAAUUUUAGGAAAAGGUUCUCCAGGAUUCUCCAGUGACUAACAUUUUAUAAAUAAAUGACUGUAUCUACACAAGUUGAGGCUAUGAGAAAAAAAAAAAAAAGCCAUUCCAUCAGAGGCAAAGAUAUUUUCUGAAAAUAUGGCAGGGCAGCCCAGGUGGCUCAGUAGUUUAGCACUGACUUCAGCCCAAGGUGGGAUCCUAGAGACCUCAGAUCAAGUCCCACAUCGGGCUCCCUGCCUGGAGCCUGCUUCUCCCUCUGCCUGUGUCUCUGCCUCUCUCUCUCUCUCUCUCUCUCUCUCUCUUAUGAAUAAAUAAAUAAAAUAAAAUAAAAAAAAAUCUAUGGCAGAUGGGAUGCCAGCACUAUUGGUGAAUUUUUUUUAAUUGGAAUUAUUUUUUAAGUCAAAAACUUCCUUCCUCUCCAGUAUGUCCCCUAUGUUUCUUUUUGUUUAAAAGCAUGCCAAAGUGUAUUAACGUGAUAACAUUAAUGAAUUAAAUCAGCACAUUGCAAUUUUAUUGUUAUCAAAUAUGUUUUGUGUCCUAUGGAAGAAGCUUCUUUUCUCAAGGGUUCCAGCCUUUUAUGGAACCUACAUAUGUAGGUUGAAAAAACCUACAGCUGGAAAAACAAGUGAAUUUUAUGUAUUUGGACAUGGUGCUGGUGUUCUCAGGCUUGAAUAUAUUCUCUUAGUGACAGACCACGUGCUCUGAAUCAGGAUUUGUACAAUACAGACACAUGUAUUAAAAGACGCAUAAGGCUUGCCUUA